GAAACAAAGACAAAGAGAAGGAGAAAGCGAGAGGAGAGGCGGACGCGAGACGGGACUAGCGCCACUCCAUUCCACUUCCCUCCCUCGCUUGCCUUCCUUCCUAUCAUAGCAUUCCUAGAUAGACAGAUAGAAACCCCCGAUUCUGAUCGCCGGGAUGAGGUUCUGACCCCCGAUUCGGUCCGUCGAUUGUGAUUUCCCCUCGAUUUGGUGCGGGAUUAGCGGCCGGAAUUAAUCGCCAUGACGGCGGCGUCGCCGAUGGUGCUGUCCCUCCUGCUCUUCGCCUCGCUCACGGCGCUGCUCGUCCUGGCCCCUCGCGCGUCGUCGCCGCCGCUGCCGCUGCCGCUGCCGCUGCCGCUGCCGCUGCCCGUGGUGGUUGGGGACGAGGAGGCGCCGGCCGCCGCUGGGGGUGCUGCUGCGGGGAGCAGCGGCGGGGGGGCGGGAGUUGAGGAGGGACCGGAGGACCUCGCGCUGUCCCGGCGCGUCACGCUCGACGCCGGCGAGGGCGCGGCGGUAGCGUCCAAGGUGGCCUUCAUGUUCCUGACCAACUCCGACCUCACCUUCGCGCCGCUUUGGGAGCGCUUCUUCGCGGGGCACGCCCACCAGUUCAACGUCUACGUGCACGCAGACCCGGCGGUGAGGCUGCGGCACCCCCCUACGCCUUCCUUCCGGGGCCGCUUCGUCGCGGCCAAGCCGACGCGGCGCGGGGACCCGAGCCUCAUCGCUGCGGCGCGGCGGCUGCUUGUCGCCGCGCUACUGGACGACCCGGCCAACGCCUACUUCGCACUGCUCUCGCAGCACUGCGUCCCGCUCCACUCCUUCCCGCGGCUCUACGCGGCGCUCUUCCCGCCCAAGGCCGCGCACCACCACCGCCUCCCUAGCUAUAUCGAGGUGCUUACCGGCGAGCCCCAGAUGCCCGCGCGCUACGUGGCGCGGGGUGACGACGCCAUGCUCCCGGAGGUGCCCUUCGACCGGUUCCGCAUCGGCUCCCAGUUCUUCACGCUGGCCCGCCGCCACGCCGUGCUAGUCGUCCGCGAGCGCCGUCUCUGGCGAAAGUUUAGGGAGCCGUGCCUGCCGGAGUCGCAGGACUCUUGCUACCCGGAGGAGCACUAUUUCCCGACGCUUCUCGACAUGGCCGACCCCGCCGGCUGCACCCGGUACACGCUCACGCGCGUCAACUGGACCGACAGCUUCGAGGGCCACCCGCACACGUAUGCCGCGCCCGAGGUGUCGCCGCGGCUCGUCGCCGAGCUGCGCCAGUCCAACAGCUCCACCUAUGAGCACAUGUUCGCGCGCAAGUUCGCGCCCGACUGCCUUGGCCCGCUCAUGGCCAUCGCCGACACCGUCAUCUUCAAAGAUUGAUCGAUGCGGUGCUCUGCAUCAUAGCUACACGUAGGAGGUCUAUCCGUUAAGAGUUGCGCGUGCGAGAAGACGAAAGCAGUGUCGUUCUUCUCCGUCCAAUCUUCACACGGUUCAGACUGGUGCUUUCCCUCUGUGCCCUCCACCGUUCUUCUCCUCCUGGUACUUUUAUGUAGACUUAAGUGGCAACAACCUAAUGCAAAGCGGCAGGUGUUGCAUCUGAUGGUCAGUCCAUCCAUCCACUGCAUUUUUCCUACCUCGUGCGGCUGCCUAAGGCUGCUGUUCUGUUGAAAUGCGUAAAGGGAUGGAUUGUGGCGGUGUUCUGUUCAGCUGAAACGGAAAAGGAACUUUGUACCGGUUUAUUUCAGCUUGUGUACAUAACCAAGGAAUGAAAUAAUCAUUCUGCAUUCAAGUUUU